GCAGACUGAGUCUGUGACAGUAGCCGAGUGAUUAUGUCAUGGUCCCUCAAGCUCGCUGUAACCUCUCACCUACUUUCUGACACAGUCGGGUUUGCGUUUCAACACUUUCCUAGUCCUUAGUAUCUCAAAUUAGCCUACCUGUCAGUGCCUCAGUGUCUGACACUUGGUUCACUUGGAAGUACCGCUUCAAGAUGUGGACAACCAUGCUAUCUCGAUGCACCUUUCCAGCAGUUUUGAAAAGAAGCAGCUCUGUUUUGGCUUGCCAGGCCAUUAGAGCUGCUAGCAGGCCAUUGCAGGCAAUAGCCACCAAAACAUCUUGCUCAACACUGAAGCAAGUUCGUGGACAGCAGACGCAGGCCGCCCCUUUCCCCACAACUCAGGUAGUGAGGCAGGUCAAAACCUUGGAGGAAGAGAGGUUGGUAGAAAUAGAGUGGGAAGAUGGGGGGCAAAGCUUCUACCCAUUCACCUGGCUGCGGGACAACUGCCAGUGUCCACUUUGCACCCUGCAGUCUGCACAGGCCCGUAGUCUGCUACUCUCCAAACUGGACAUUCACACUGGAGUGGACAGUGUCCAGGUCUCUGAUACCAAUAAGGUGUGCAUAGUAUGGCCCGACCAGCACACCAGCGAGUUUGAUCCAGAGUGGCUGAAGAAGAGGUGCUUCUCUCUUGCUGUCAGACAAGUAAUGCAGGAAGAGCUCUUCCUCAAUGAGCGUGUUUACUGGGACUCCAAGCUGCAGAUCCCCACAGCCAAUUUUGAGGAGGUUCUCCAUGAUGACAAAGCGGCCCUGGCUUGGCUGAUAGCACUACGCAGGGUUGGCAUAGUCUACAUGAAAGGGGCGCCAGUGAAGCAAGGCCAGGUUGCCAGACUGAGUGAAAGGAUUGGCUAUCUCAGACUGACUUUCUAUGGGCACACAUGGCAGGUCAAGGACAAACCUAUGGCCAACAAUGUUGCCUACACCUCUGGGAAACUCAGUCUCCACACAGACUACCCAGCACUGCAUAACCCACCUGGGGUGCAGUUCCUGCACUGCCUGAACCAGGCUUGCAAAGGAGGGGAGAGUGAAGUGGUAGAUGGUUUCCACAUGGCUGAACUUCUCCGGAGAGAAGACCCAGAAGCCUUUAGUACCCUCACUUCCCACAGAGUGGACUUCACAGACACAGGGGCUGACUACUGUGACUUCAAGGUGCAGUCCAAGAACCGCAUCAUUGAUGUGGACAAUGAGGAACGGGUCGUAAGGAUCAACUACAACAAUGCCACAAGAGACUCUGUGUUGGAUGUCCCCUUGCAUCAGGUCCAGCCCUUCUACCGCGCUCUCAAGGCCUAUGUGGAACUCAUGAUCCGACCUGAAAACCUAGUUACCUACAUGAUGGAACCUGGGGACUUGGUCACCUUUGAUAACUGGCGCCUUCUACAUGGGCGAAGAAGCUACAUAAGCCAUACAGACGCAUUGAGACACCUGGAAGGAGCCUACCUGGACUGGGAUGAGGUCAUGUCACGCUUACGGAUACUUCGCAAGUCUGUCCACGGAAACCAUUAGAUCCACAAGACUUAGAAAGUUGUCUCCUACAUUCACAAUGUGACUAAAAGUAUGUGGACACCUGCUUUCUGAACCACUCAUUCCAAUAUCAUGAGCAUUGACUCGGUCCCCAUUUUGCUAUAACUGCAUCCACUCCUCUGUCAAGACUUUCCAAUAGACGUUGGAACAUUAAUGUGGGAUUUGCUCUUAUUGGUAGUUAAUGGAAGGGAUGUCCACAUACUUUUGACCAUGACAAUGAGCAAAGAAACAAUUCUCUUUAGAAAAUGUGAUCAUUUAAAUGAAACUUUUUCUAUUGAAGACCUUACAAAGGAAAGUACAUCCCGUAAGAACAAAAAUCGAAAACGGGUUUUGGACUCUUAGCCAGUUGUUUUACACAGCUAUGGAAGCUGUGGCUGACCUGCUAUGUAUUUGUAUUUAUGUAUUGCCUUUAACGUCUGCACAUUAUUUGUCCCCUAUUUUAAUUUUGAAAUCCUGUGACAUCCUGUUGACCUGUCCUCUUCUUCAGAGUGGAAUGACAUUGGGGGUGGGGGGGUCAGGUAAACUUUGUCCUAAGUGAGGCAGGCAGAGACAUUUAACUCAUGUCAAGGUUAAGAAAUGAGAUGAUCCACUUCAGGUGAGUCUUAAAACGAUUCAGGCAUGAAUAUUGCAAAUAUAUUGUAAUAUUUACAAUUACAGAUAAGAAGGAAAUACAAAUGUUUUGACCCCCCCCCCCCCCUCAAAUGUUGUUUUUACCUCUUUUUUGGGGGGGUGGGGUUUACAGUCUUAAAUAGGGGGUCAGAUCCCCCCAAUCCACCACCAUAAUCGAACCUUGCUCUUGUUCACAGUGGAAAUUUGGUGAGGCUGGAUUUGAAACUUUUGCUUAAUGCAUAUCUUAAUGAGUGUCACAGGAGAAUAUACCAGUUUAGGUACCAGCUACCUCUUUUUGUAUUUUUAUUGUAGGCUAAACCAUGAAAAAACUAUGAAAUAUAUGGGGGGGGGGGGGGGUUAUGCAAGAAAACUAUAUAAUGCAAUGUCUUUCCAGUUUUACUGCAUCCAUCGUUGCCACUGAUGUUUCCUGGUGAGGAUCCCUUGUUUCCAGACAUGCCAACCACUCCAAGAGUUUUAGGAAAGCACUUUUUAAAAGUUAUCCAUCUGUGGCCCUGUACAGAUGAAUGAACAUUCCCAAUACAUAGAACACCAUUAAGCUACAUUACAGAUUUGAACUCAUCAGUUGCCAUUUGCACAUGACGGUUAAAUAAGAUAAUUGGUCAAUUCUGGCUGAGAGCUCAUACUGCAAUAUGUUAUCUGGUGAGAUAUAAACAGUUUCCCCACUGUAGUGAAUUCAUGUACAGUUUGGAGUUUAUUGAUACCAGUGAUAAUUAUACAAUAAAAUAGAGGGGCUUCA